AUGGCGGACAAUAACAUCCGUCCUGGUGUUCGCAGCCUUUUGGCCAAGUUUGAGAACAGCCCGAGCCAAGUAACUUCGCCGCCCUCUCGUGGAAGAUCUCCCGACAGCUCAGAUACCCCAGGCUCAACCCGCCAACUUUCCAGAGUUCGAGCAAGCUUUGUGACGGUCGACGGUGUGGUCCAAUCGAACCCAGGAUCGCCAUUGCGAAAGACAAGCGGACGAAGCGAUAGUCCAGGAAUGUUUGGACCAAAGAUCAACGAGCAAGAGGUGGAAGCCCGUCGGCAGAAUGUGGCAUCCCCAACACCUGCGGGGUUGAAUGACGGCCAAGAGGGCGUCCUUGAUCAGAUGCUUAAGCCUACCCAGCCGGAGGCAACCUCGCCCGUUGCGCCCAAGGAAAAUGACAAGCAAGAAUCCCCCACUGCUGUCAAUCCUUCACCACCAGCAAAGGAAACCUCACCAGCACCACCUGCGAUGACUGAGAGUGCCACCGUACCUGUCCCCGCGCCCACUCGCGGAGCGUCAGGCGCCCCAGCAACUUCCGAUAAACUGGCCACCAAGGCAGUCACAAAGCGCCCAUCGACUAUCAAUACCGCGAAAGCAACUCCCGCGCAUAAGUCCCCCUCUACCGCAACAUCGACUGCGACCAAACAACCUGCUACGGCAACCACAAAGACCGCCCGAGAGACAGCCAAGGAGCGCGCUGGUACGCUUGCAACUAAACCAAGUCGCCCUUCUUUGAAUCCAGCAACUAAAACCGCUCCUCGAACAACCAGGGGCUCGACACCAUCUCAAGAGAGCUCGAAAGUAUCGCCCCCGAACAGCGCUAAGUCUCGGCCAAGAUCGCCCACCAGACCUGCCCGUCUGCCACCCUCUAUGACUGCGCAGACGCAAGCAUCUUCUGCUAAAACGGGCACUUCUGCGCCUAGCAACGGCCGAGCUACCACUACGGCUUCAACACUUACAAGAAAACCAUCCUCUCUCAAGAGUGCUGCCGCUGCCGGCCAUUCACGGGCUACUGGUACUGCCGCCGGCCUACGCAAACAGUCGUCUCGGCCUUCACUUCCCGCUCAGCCAGCGCAAGAGCGACCCAGCUCACGUACCAGUGAUGUGGGGGCCAGCGCAAAGCCUGUCAACGAAGGAUUCCUUGCAAGAAUGAUGCGCCCAACUGCCAGUUCGGCCAGUAAGACCCACGAGCGGUCGGAUGCCAAACCUCCUCAAAAGGAUAUCAAGCCUACACAAAAGCCUGUUGCGACUUCCAAGGCCCCGCGUCCAUCCAUGGGACGGGCACCUGAGCGCAGCGUACAGCCUAAGGCAAAGCCCGCAACCCUACGGCCCCAUUCUGAGAAGUUCCAGGCCCCUAACAAGGACUCAGUCCCGAAGAAGGAUAGCAAGGAUGUCAAGGUCUGCCAAGUUGAGCAAGAAAGUGAAAAGGAAAAUACUGAGGACUCUACGCCUGUAAUUCCAGAGGAGCCCGAAGUUGAAGCUCCAGUCAAGCCAGCAGUCGAUGUCAGUGGUGAUAAACCUGUCGACACCAUCAAGCGCGAGGAUGCCUCCGAGCAAGCUAAGCCAACUGCUAUUGAACCCUCAGCGGAAAGCCACGUUGAAGCUCCCGUUGAAUCUGUCAAGCCAGCUGCCGAAGUGGAAGCACCCUUGGCCCCUUCUCAGACCACGGAGACUCCCGAACCUGUCCAGGCUUCCACUGAAGGCGCUGCCGAACUCGAACAGUCGAAUGAGGCUCCAGCAGUAUCCCCGGUGCCUGAUAUUGAAGAAGCUGCUGAAAUUCCGACUGAAAUAACUGGAGAAGAAGAAUUUGAGAUCCAAACGGAAACGCCCGAGGAUGUUUACCAAACACCCGCUGAUCCAACCGAUGACAAUGAGACCAUCGCUAUCCCUCAAAUGGAGGAUGCUUUGGUCGAAGAUCCCGUGGCUUCUCAGCCAUCCGACGCUCCUUCCAACAAGGAAGUGAAAGAAACCUCUGAGCCCACGAAGGAAAUCGGCACUCCCGAGGCCCUGGCUGAGUCGGAAGAAGAGCAUGUUGCUAAGGAGUCAAAUCUUGCUCAACAUCCCGUGAAUGAGGCCGGAAAAAAGGUCGAGGACAUUGAUUUCGUCAACCUUGCCCUCAAUUAA